UGUGGUACUAAGCGCACAAGCAUCUGUAGCUCGGAGCACUGUGGCACAUGUCAGGUUUGAGGAGAAGCCUGGGAAGCAGAAUAAGAACCAUCUCUCUUCCUCUUCCUCAUGUGUUUAUCAUGAAUUUUGAAUUUCAAUUUUUGCAGAAUUCCUAGAACUUGAAGAUACACAGGAAUAUGAAAGAUACCUAAUACUUAAAAAGAUUAUAAAGGAACAUACAGUUUUUGUUUGCAACUACGCGUUCCUCUGAAGAAUACCAGUUGGAUUCAAAAGAGCAGAAUGAUUUGUUGCUUAUUUCUACCUUUUAUGUUGGGGAUUCCUCUGCUAUGGCCUUGCUUUACAGCAAUAGAAAUCUCUACAACAGAGAAAGUUAAGCACCCAGCGGGUUCUCAUCUCAGAGUGAAGCGUGGUUGGAUGUGGAACCAGUUUUUUGUACCAGAGGAAAUGAAUAAGACUAAUUAUCACAUUGGCCAGCUAAGAUCUGAUUUAGAUAAUGGAAACAACUCUUUCCAGUACAAGCUUUUGGGAGCUGGAGCUGGAAGUAUUUUUGUCAUUGAUGAGAGAACAGGUGACAUAUAUGCCGUCCAGAAGCUUGAUAGAGAGGAACGAUCCCUCUACACUCUAAGAGCCCAGGUAAUAGACAGCACUACUGGAAGGGCUGUGGAACCUGAGUCUGAGUUUGUCAUCAGAGUUUCGGAUAUCAAUGACAAUGAACCAAAAUUCCUAGAUGAACCUUAUGAGGCCAUUGUACCAGAGAUGUCUCCAGAAGGAACAUUAGUCAUCCAGGUGACAGCAAGUGAUGCUGAUGACCCUUCAAGUGGCAAUAAUGCUCGUCUCCUGUACAGUUUACUACAAGGCCAACCAUAUUUCUCCACUGAACCAACAACAGGAGUCAUAAGAAUAUCUUCUAAAAUGGAUAGAGAACUGCAAGAUGAGUAUUGGGUAAUUAUUCAAGCCAAAGAUAUGAUUGGUCUGCCUGGAGCACUGUCUGGGACAACAAGCGUAUUAAUUAAACUUUCUGAUGUUAACGACAAUAAACCUAUAUUUAAGGAAAGUUUAUACCGCUUGACUGUUUCUGAAUCUGCACCUGCUGGAACUUCAAUAGGUAAAAUCAUGGCAUAUGAUAAUGACAUUGGAGAGAAUGCAGAAAUGGAUUAUAGCAUCGAAGAUGAUUCACAAACAUUUGACGUAAUUACUAAUAAUGAGACACAAGAAGGAAUAGUUAUAUUAAAAAAGGAAGUGGAUUUUGAGCACCAGAACCAAUAUCGUAUUAGAGCAAAUGUUAAAAACCGCCAUGUUGAUGAGCAGCUCAUGGAAUACCAUGUUGAAGCUUCCACCACUUUCAUUAGGAUCCAGGUGGAAGACGAAGAUGAACCCCCUGUUUUCCUCCUCCCAUAUUACGUAUUUGAAAUCUUUGAAGAAAGCCCGCAUGGAUCAUUUGUAGGCAUGGUCUCUGCCACAGAUCCAGAUCAGAGGAAUUCUCCUAUCAGGUAUUCUAUGACCAGAAGCAGAGUGUUCAGUAUUGAUGAUAAUGGCACAAUCAUCACAACUAACCCUCUUGAUCGAGAGAUUAGUGCUUGGUACAACCUAAGUAUUAUAGCUACAGAAGAAUACAAUGUGCAACAAAUUUCUGCAGUUCCUGUGUAUGUACAAGUUCUUAAUAUUAAUGAUCAUGCUCCUGAGUUCUCUGAAUAUUAUGACACAUAUGUUUGUGAAAAUGCAGGCUCUGGUCAGAUAAUUCAGACCAUCAGUGCAGUGGAUAGAGAUGAAUCCAUAGAAGGUCACCAUUUUUACUUUAAUCUAUCUGUGGAAGACACAAAGAACUCAAGUUUCAUAAUCAUAGAUAAUGAAGAUAACACAGCUGUAAUUUUGACUAAUAGAACUGGUUUUAGCCUUCAAGAAGAGCCUGUCUUCUACAUAGCUGUCUUAAUUGCUGACAAUGGAAUCCCAUCACUUACAAGUACCAACACCCUUACCGUACACAUCUGCGACUGUGAUGACUCUGGCAGUACACAGACCUGCAGGAAUAAGGACCUAAUGCUUGCCAUGGGAUUCAGAACAGAAGUCAUACUUGCUAUUUUGAUAAGCAUCAUGAUAAUAUUUGGGUUUAUUUUUUUGAUCCUAGGUCUGAAACAGCGAAGAAAGCAGACCCUCUUCCCGGAGAAAGGUGAAGAUUUCCGAGAGAACAUAUUCCGAUAUGACGACGAAGGGGGAGGAGAAGAAGAUACAGAGGCUUUUGAUAUCGUGGCACUGAGGACUCGCACCAUCAUGCGGGAACGCAAGACCCGGAAAACUGCUGCUGCAGAGAUCAGGAGCCUGCACAGGCAGUCUUUGCAGGUUGGCCCAGACAGUGCCAUUUUCCGGAAAUUCAUUCUAGAAAAGCUCGAAGAAGCUAAUACUGAUCCUUGUGCCCCUCCUUUUGACUCCCUCCAGACCUACGCCUUCGAGGGAACAGGGUCAUUAGCUGGAUCCCUGAGCUCCUUAGGAUCAGCAGUCCCUGAUCAGGAUGAAAAUUAUGAUUACCUUAAUGAAUCGGGACCUCGCUUUAAAAGAUUAGCAUGCAUGUUUGGCUCUGCUAUGCAGUCAAAUAAUUAGGGCUUUUUUAUGUUUAAAAUUUUAAAAAGGCUAAUAUGCAUUUGGGCAGACUGGUAGUCUCUUAGGAAAGAAUUGUGUACUCCAGUUCUCAGGGUGGGAGAGAAAAGUUAUAGCGUCUUCUGAUUUCCUUGGAGUAAAUACCCCUUGGUUAUUUCAAACUUCCCACGUGUUGUCCCCAAAUGCAGAUGUAGAGUGGUGCUGACCAUCAGCCCUUGCGUGCCAAUGCAGGUCAGCUCUGGCACGUAACUGAAAUCUUCCUCUAGCAUUUUUUUCACUACCGUCCAGUAUAAAGUCUCAAAAUUUUUGAGCUUUAUAUGAGAAAGGCCCUGAAUUAAAUCAACUUAAUAUUUUUUCAUGUAUCCAUUUUUUUUUCCUUACAAAGUGAGAGUAAAGUGUUUGUUUUAAGUUCCUGAUGCUAUACGGAGAUAAACUUAAAACACCUAGUAGAAUCUGGGUGAUUAUAUAAAACUUUUAAAAACUGUUUGUUUUUUUAUGAAUAAGCAAGUUUCUGACUGAGAUUCUAUGAUUCACAGUAGUUUGAUAUUUUAAAAUCAUUGUCAAGGUCAUACUUGAAAACUGAUUUCAAGUUUAGACAGAUUCUUGGUAUAUGUUAAUUAAUCAAAGAUACAGUAUAGAUUUGUAUUGUCUUUGAUAUUUCAGAUUUGUAUAAAAAGGGGAGUAUGAAAAUAUGCCUGGGAGAUUUUUAUGUUAUUUCUAUAUGUAACCAAAAUACAUCUUUUUCAUGUCACAGUGCAAUAACAAAACACAUGUCAGGGUUUACUCAAUGUUAAAUUUAAACUUUAUGAUAAUCGUGGAAUGCUUGAAAAAUUUUAAGUAAAUUUUAAUUGCCACUGAAAUGAUAGCAAUAAAUGAAAGAACUAUUUGAUUCAAAGUUGAAUUAAUAUUCCAAAAUAUUAUGAUCACCUGUACUGAUUCUUACCACGCACAGAAUAAAACAUGAUAAAAUUCUCAGCAUUUCCUUUUUAUUAAGAGCUUAGACCAGAACUGAUUCUUCAGUGUCAUUUUUUUUAUUAUGGGAUAUAAAAUUAGGUGCAAUAGUUACUUUUAUUGUAACAUUAUGAAGGAAGUAUGCUAAGCUGCUGGACAUGAUAAAAUCCAUGGUAACAUUCAGAUAACAAGCUUUAUGAUAGCAUCAGAUAAUAAGAUAAUAAAACCCUUUAAUUUUAAUCAGCA